AGAGGGGCUUUUGCUGAGGAAAGGCGGGCCCAAGCUUCACCUGAGGAGAGGCCUCUGCCUUUCGGCCCAGGGCAAAGAGGCAGAGGCUUUUCCAAAGGCGUGGCGACGGGGCUGCGUGGUGGGAGCAGGGGACAAGGGAGGGCUCCGAGAGACGCCCGCAGGCCCCUGCCUUCCUGUAGGUGAGGGGGCGGUGGGGGACGCCGCGGAGCCUCCCGAAGUAGGAGUGAGAGAGGUCCCAACCUGUGAGGGAGCGAGAGGCACCAAAUACCUCCCGACGGAAAGGCAGGGGACGGGGCAAUCCGGUGUGUCGGGGCGGGGAGACCCAAGUUUCUGAAGGCCGGAGAGAAGCCGUUUGAGGGGAAGAUGCCCAGACUCUUCCUCUCCGAAGUGGGGAGUUCAGCGGGUGUCUUCUGACCGAGGGGCUGGGUAGAUGAGGGCGGGAUCCUACUGGGGGCGUCCUGGGGAGGAACCCACCGUCCUGGAGAUGAAGGCGGGUUCGAAGGAAGCCCGAAGUACCCUCCCGAGUUAGAGAAACCUCAAAACCACGCCAUAUGGCAGAUACGAAAGGGGCUGCGAGUGGGGUCUGUUCAGGAGAACCAGGAAGUGGGCUUUUCCUCAGCCUGGACAAUUACAAAAGGACGAGCAGAUCAUUCUAGUCUCAGAGGGCUCCCUCCUACACUCUGGGUUUGCUAAAGGGUAUUGAGGUGCUUCUGGGGGGGACUUUUUCACUAAAUGGAUAAUCCCCUAAUUUGUUAGCCUUUUACCACUUACGUAUAUUUUAGUGUCUACUGACAUGAUGACUUUCAUUCAUCAACUUUAUAUUCAACAAACAUCCAAUAGCAAACUUGCAUACACCUCUCUUGCUUUAGUUUGAGUGCUAUUUUGGUCUUGUUCUAAGCAGAAGUGCCCCACACUGUAAUAGGAUGACUUUUCAAAGGAUGUUUCUAUUCUGUUGCUUCCCCAGACGUCUGCCUAGCCGUCUCCAGUAGUGACUUCUGAGUUUCAUUUGCUCCGGCUCUUUCCCUCACGGUGGUCCCGUGUGGCCUUCUGUGGCUUCAGUCACGUUCCGUAGCACUCUGGAUCCCCUACUAAAUACAUGAGAAGGGAUAAAGAAGGAAAAAAAUCAAGGAGUUUCGGUCUCAAGUUUUAACUUAGAAAUUUCAGAAUAGACUACACAGUCUACGAAAAUUACACUACAGUGUGCAAUACACAAAUACAUUUUAGGUUAGAAAAGUUCAGGAUAUCUGCUAUUUUUUAAAAAUUGUUUUAAGAGAGAGGAAGCAGGGGCAGAGAAACACUGAUCUUUUUUCUUCCACUUUCUUGUGCAUUCAUUGGUUGACUCUUGUAUGUGUCCUGACCAAGGAUCAAACCCCUCCACCUUGGUGUAUCAGGGUGAUGCUCCAACCAACAGCUUCUGGGCCAGGGCAGGAUGUCUGGUAUUUCUGUCAUUUCUCAUUAACUUCCAACUCCCAUGUCCCUGUGAUUAUGUGACACACACGUUUACUUUACCAUGUUUUAAACGUUAGUUUUUCAGGACAAAAAAUGAAUUUAGAGUAGGUCAGAUAUUGUUUCUUUAGUUUUUCAAUAGCAUUUGUAAGCAGUCAUGAAUUUGCUUUCAAUGUGUCUUUUAUCUUUGAAAAUAACUACAAAAUUAUUUUAACUUUUCAUAUAAAUUUGGCAUCUUUUUGUAAUGUAUUCCCUUAGAAUUAUAGGGAGUGUUGUAGGAUUCCACAAUCGAUACUCUGAGGCCCUUUUCAUAAAAAUACCCAAAGGAUCAACUAACUCUUGCCUCAGGGGUUUUUGUUGAUAUGAACAAGAGCCACUUUUCAGUUUACAGUCACCUCAAAGAGAUGACCUUGCAGUUAGCCAGUGUAGUCUGAAGAGGUAGUUUCAGGUUACUUGCUAGGAAUAUGGUAUUUAGGAUAAUAAGAGAUUCAAUCCAAACUGGCUUCUCUAAAGAAUGUCAACAUGGCAUUCUUCUCCAAGUUGACUGAAUCAGACCUGUGUCUCUGACACUGAGAGACAUAUUGUGGAUAAUUAUCUUCUUUGAUAAACUCUCAAAGUUACAGAAACAGCCAGAACAUUCCUCUUGGGUGCCAAGAUGUGGGAGGGCUAAGGAAUAAAAUACGAGUUUCUAUUGAGGAAAGUAUUAAUCAAGUUGUUAGUCAGCCACUUAUUCAGAGUGUUCUAGAGAGGACUCAACCACAGAGUAGAAGGUUGAAACUAGAAGCAUCCUAAUUCUGCUUCUCUAACCCAUUCACCUAAACUAUUAAUUUUAAACAUUUAAACCCCCUUUUUGGGAUAAUAAAUUCUGUAAGCUUGAUACAUACUAAGGUAUUACAUCUUUUUAAAAAGAUUUUAUUUACUUUUAGAGACGGGAAGGGAGGGAAACGUAUGUGUGAGAGAAACAUGGAUAGGUCGCCACUCUAAAGCCCCCAAGCUCCCAACAGGGGGCCUAGCCUGUAACCUAGGCAUGUACCCUGACAGGAAGUCGAACUAUUGACCUUUUGGUUUGCAAGUGAUGCCCAACCCACUGAGCCACACUGGUCAGGGCAGAAAAAGGAGAAGGGAGGGAGAAAGAGAGUGCGAGAAAGAUCAGUGUGUGGUUGCCUCUGGUGCACCCCAGACUGGGGACCUGACCUGCAACCCAGGCACCUGCCCCUGACAGCAGUUUCAGCUAUCUGACUUCAUGUGAAAGAUGGCUAAUGCGGAAGUGAGUGUCCCAGUGGGGGAUGUGGUUGUGGUACCCACUGAAGGAAAUGAAGGGGAGAACCCUGAAGACACUAAAACCCAAGUGAUCUUGCAGUUACAGCCUGUGCAACAAGGUUUGUUUAUCGAUGGACACUUUUACAACAGGAUUUAUGAAGCUGGGUCUGAGAACAACACAGCAGUUGUGGCAGUAGAAACUCACACGAUACACAAAAUUGAAGAAGGUAUUGAUGCAAGUACUAUAGAAGCAAAUGAGGAUAUGGAAAUUGCUUACCCCAUAACUUGUGGGGAGAGCAAAGCCAUUCUUCUUUGGAAGAAGUUUGUAUGUCCAGGAAUAAAUGUAAAGUGUGUCAAGUUCAAUGAUCAGUUGAUCAGCCCCAAGCAUUUUGUUCAUCUGGCUGGCAAGUCCACCCUAAAGGACUGGAAGAGAGCCAUUCGUUUGGGUGGAAUUAUGCUCAGGAAAAUGAUGGAUUCUGGACAAAUUGAUUUUUACCAACAUGAUAAGGUUUGCUCCAAUACCUGCAGAAGCACCAAAUUUGAUCUUCUUAUCAGCAGUGCAAGAGCUCCAGUGCCAGGACAGCAGACAAGUGUGGUGCAGACACCCACUUCGGCCGAUGGUAACAUCACACAGAUCGCCAUUUCAGAAGAGAGCAUGGAAGAAGCAGGGAUAGAAUGGAACUCAGCUCUCACUGCUGCUGUCACCAUGGCCACAGAGGAGGGAAUGAAGAAAGACUCAGAAGAAAUUUCAGAGGACACUUUGAUGUUCUGGAAGGGAAUAGCUGAUGUAGGGCUGAUGGAAGAGGUUGUAUGCAAUAUACAGAAGGAAAUAGAGGAGCUACUCAGGGGGGUUCAGCAGCGGCUCAUCCAGGCUCCCUUCCAGGUCACAGAUGCUGCUGUUCUCAACAAUGUGGCACAUACGUUUGGCCUAAUGGACACAGUCAAGAAGGUUUUGGACAACAGAAGGAACCAAAUAGAGCAGGGGGAAGAGCAGUUUCUCUAUACUCUGACAGACUUGGAACGCCAGUUGGAAGAGCAGAAGAAGCAAGCUCAGGAUCACAGGCUGAAAUCCCAGACAGUUCAAAAUGUGGUAUUGAUGCCUGUGAGCACUCCUAAGCCUCCAAAAAGGCCCCGGCUCCAACGGCCAGCCUCCACCACUGUCCUGAGCCCUUCUCCUCCUGUCCAGCAGCCUCAGUUCACAGUCAUCUCACCUAUUACCAUCACCCCAGUGGGUCAGUCAUUUUCCAUGGGCAAUAUUCCAGUGGCCACCCUCAGCCAGGGCUCCAGCCCUGUGACUGUCCACACACUGCCUUCUGGCCCUCAGCUCUUCCGCUAUGCCACAGUGGUCUCCUCUGCCAAGAGCAGCUCACCAGACACAGUGACCAUUCACCCUUCAUCUAGCUUGACGCUGCUAAGCUCUACUGCUAUGCAGGAUGGGAGUACCCUGGGCAACAUGACCACCAUGGUGAGCCCUGUGGAGUUGGUGGCCAUGGAGUCCGGCCUGACCUCGGCAAUACAGGCUGUUGAAAGCACCUCAGAGGAUGGGCAGACCAUCAUUGAGAUUGACCCAGCCCCAGACCCAGAGGCUGAGGAUACUGAGGGCAAAGCAGUCAUUUUGGAGACAGAGCUGAGGACUGAGGAUAAAGUUGUGGCUGAGAUGGAAGAACAUCAGCAUCAAGUCCACAAUGUGGAAAUUGUGGUCUUAGAGGAUUAACUGGGGAGAUUGGGGCCAGGAGAUAUGUUUUGGUUUUAAAUUUUAAUUAUUUGUUUACUUUUAUCAUUGUCCCACUCAUUUCCACAUAGGAUCCUUUAAAAAAAAAACUAUCUUGUUGCUGUAACUGAAAAUGUUGGGUACCUCCCACCCCCUCAUUGAAAGAAUGGACAAAAACAAGCUGCCCUUCCAGAAGUUGAGAGUAGGUUAUUCAAUGUCCUCAUCCUCUUAUACCAAGAAAGUUAUUUCUUUUAGGGGAGGCAUCAAGAUAACCAGAAACCCUAUCCUGAAUGCCCUUUCCAGGCUAGUCUACCUAUGUAUGCAUGUGGUUUUAUUUUUGUAAAGAUGCAUUGACCAAACUCUGGAACACAGACCUGAUACUGGAAGAUAACCCACUCACACAUGGAUGCAGAAGGAUAGUUUGUUUUGUAUCCUGGAAUGGGCCCUCAGAGGCCAGUGCAAAACUCUGAAACAAAGGAAGUUGAAAUCUGCUUGAAGGGGAACUCUGUUGCUUGGAGCAGCAGCUUAAAAAGGGAAGUGCUUUGGCCAGGAUGGGGCAAAGAAAUUAUCUUAUUUCUUGAAGUGCAACUGAUACCUCUUGAUAUUUCUGAGGGUUACCACUAUGGGUGCUAUUUUGAGGAGAGACCACUGAUAAGUGGAAGGGUACAUUACCAUGGAGCAAGUAGCAUCAGGGGAAAUAGAAAUCCAGGGAUGUCACAGCUGUGCUUUGGGAUUCAAGCCCACCUGGCUCCAACUUUGUCAAAGCACUUACCUUUCUAAACUAGGAUUAGUCCAUUUAUUCACGAACUGUGAUGUGGUGUAAAUUGCUCUUGGAUUAUGGCUGUUGUGGUAGUCGGGCCUCCAAGACCAUUAUUUUUAUCACAUAACUCCAAGCGCAGGGGAGUUCCUCAUCCAGACCAUCUGCCUGUUUUGGUGGGGCCCUUUUUUGGCUUUGGAACCAAAAGCAUCCACUCAUUUGGUGCUUCCUCUUGUUCUACCCUCCGUUUCUCAACCGUUAAUGACAUCUGUCUCCUGGAUCCCACGCUCUUCAGCUCUUUGGCUGGUUUGUAGAACAGUGACAGAUGCCCACCUUCAUCCUCUUUUAGAUUCAUUUAUACCACAGAUGUUUCUGUGAGAUUGAACUCAUAAAAAACCCCUUAGCUUGGCAGGAAGACUAAACACGCCCAGCCUAUCCUGAGACACCGAGUGGAUGUCUCCUGAGCGAGCUGGACUCCCUUGGAAAGAAGCAUUGUCUGCAAUGUUAUAUUAUAGGAAGUGUACCAAGAAUGUCAACAAUAAUGUCUUUGCGGUGGGAGGGUGUAUAAGUAAGAUUUUUUUUUUACUGUUUAUAUACUUAGAGCUGGGCCAUUUUCUGUGUUGUGAUUCCUUCUCUUUGACCACCUUCAGUGUUUGGGGCAAGAGUGGACCCUGGUCUUUCUUUUGGUUGUAUUGUUUACUGCACUAGGAAAAAUAUAGGGAAACCGCAGACAGUUUAAAGGAAAAAUAGGUAAAAAAGAAAGCACAUACCUUAGAAGUGGGAGUUUUUGUUUUGUUUUUUAAUUAAAAGCAAAACUUCAACCUGUAGUUUCCUUUUUUUUUUUUUUCUUAAGAAGCCACCCACUUGAAGCCAUGUUUUUCCAAUGGAUGUUGGAAACCCUGUUGUCAAGUGAAAACAGUUCUGUCCCUCAGAUAGCUGUAUAUAGCUGGAGAAGCCCUCUAACUUGGAGGGUCAAUUAUAAAAGCCUUAAAGGGUGAGAUUUCUGAACCCCAUACAGUUGUGGUCUUCAGCUUUAAAAUUGGGGUUUUAUUUUUCUUUUCAAAACAUUUAAUAGAUGUAGUGGUCAGCUUAGAACAAAGCUUUGGCCCUUUAUAUAUCUUUAGUGAGGAAAAUGGCUUUUAUUUCUUGCUUUUUUAGGUUUUCUGUUGGUACAUAAACAAAACCAGUAUUUCUCUCUAAGGCUAAAACUGUUACUUGAAGCUAAAAAGGCAUAUCAUUCCUAAUGUGGUUUUUAGGGACACUUUUCUCUUUCCAGAGACAAGAGGCCCAAUUCAGAACAGAGAAGGAAAAUACCUACACCCUAAGUUCCUUUCUUUGCUCCAUCAGAGCUGUUGGUAAUAUUUUAUUGUAGUGUGAGCAUCAUGCUUCCAAAGUCAAGAGAUCUCCUUCUAAGGACAGAGCCUGUUUACUUUUACUUUCUGAAUAGUCCAGCUGGUGGAAAUACACAAGCUUUGUUGUUUUCCUGGUUUUCCAAUAGCCUGUCAUUAUUGCUACAUGCUGUGGCACCCAUUGUUGAGUUGAGGGGUUCCCUUGUAGGUCCAGUCCAGAUGAUCUCAGAUGGGGGAACUAUAUGCAAGCCAUUCAUCUGUACACAAGCAUUUGCAAUGAAUCAUUCCUCGGGCUGACUUGGCAGUAGCCAUCUUUCUGUUUGUCCAUUAAAUAAACAUUUAUAAGUAUGGUCUAUGUGCCAGGCUUUGUGCUAGGCACUGGCAGUACAGAGGUGAAGACACAUUCCCUGCACUUAAAAAGCUCAUACUCUAGAGACUGUGUAGAAUUUAUGUUUGCAUAUAAUUGGUUUCCUUUGUAAUCCUAUGUAUUUUAUUUCAUGCAUUGAAAAGCAUUAUUCUGAGAAUUGAUCCAUAGGUGUCAGUGGUCUACCAGAGGUACAAAAAGAUUAAAUCCUUCUCUAGUGAGAUAUUGAAACAGACCAUCAUAUUGGAAUAAAUGCAAUGAUAGAGCUCUUAGCUGGGAGCUAAGAAAACAAAGGGCCCUUGCAGGGUAGCCCAGUUGGUUAGAGCAUUGUCCUCAUAUGCCAAGGUUGUUGGUUUAGGGCACUUAUAAGAGUCAACCAACGAAUGCAUAAAAGUAAAGUGGAACAACAAAUUGAUGUCUCUCUCUCAAGUCAAUCAAUAAAUAAGUUAGGAGGGGCUCUGGCUGGUGUGCCUCUGUGGUUGAGUGCCAGCCAACAAAUCAAAUGGUUGCCAGUUUGAUUCCCAGUCAGGGCACAUGCCUGGGUUGUGGGCCUGGCCCCCAGCAGAGGGUGUGCAAGAGGCAACCACACAUUGAUGUUUCUCUCCCUUUCUCCUUUCCCCUCUCUAAAAAAAUAAAAUCUUAAAAAAAAAAAAAUAAGGGGGAAAAAAGAGAAAACAGGAUGAAGCACUCCAGUUUGGGGGCUGGGGCCAGCAAAUACGGGAGUACUUCCUGAAGGUGUGACCUUAAGCUGAUUUAGGAGAGAGCAUUUUUGGCUAGGUUUUGGGACGUUAUUUUGUACACCAUUUUCAAGUAGUUGUGUUUAUAGAAGAGGAAAAAAAAUCCUUAGCCUUGUUGCUUUUGCCUCCAGAGCCAGGCAAUCAGUAGCACAGGCAGUUUCUCCUAAGAGUACUGCACUGGAGAAAGCCAAAUCAUGUGUCAGUUUCUCUUGAGUUUCAGUGAGAUGAAUCCAAUGUAGGACUGGAGUUUAGCUGGUGGGCAGUAAAUGCCCAAACCUUCCUGUCAUGCAGAAUCUGCAAGGGCCUCAGAGUCAGCUGUACAACUGUCUCACCUUGGCCAAGUCCAUAUUUGGCCCUCACCUUGUUCUUUUCCCCAUUUCAGACUCCUUCCCUGACCCAAACCCCACAAAACAAAACAAAACAAAACAAAACAAAACAAAACAAAAAAAACCUCUCCCAAUUUUUCGAAAGUAUAAAAUGGACAAUACUUCAGGACCCAAAGCCAGUUCACUGCAGUUUUGGGUUUGUUUCUUUUUACACCUUUGUUCACAUUAGGGAAGAAGAAGCAAUGUUAAUCCAAAUACAUUGGAAGUUAGUAUUCUGUUCAGUUAAUAUGAUACUCUUUAGUGGAGGCAUUUCGUCCCAUUGUCAUAAAAGGUGUGAAAGGUAAGUUUGUAUGGUAGGAAGUAUUUGUAUUGGUAACAUUUGAUUAUAAAAAUAGCAAAAUCAAGCAUAAACUAUGGGAUUACUAGUUUAUUGAGUUAUAACUGGUCCAGGUCAAGGAAGUAGGAAGGAUAAAGAAAAGGUUGAGUUCUGAAAAUAGGCAUGAGGUUGUGAUUCAUUUUGGGCCACAGUCCUGAGGAAAUAGUCUUUUCUGAGAAAAAAAUUCAGAUGCUAGGCCUCUCCCUGCAUUUUCACAUAUCUAGUACAGUUCCCUCACACUUAGGAUACCUCCUUCCUGGGAAACUCUUAUGCUGUCUGCAAUGUACUACAAUAACCACCAAGGUGGUGAUGCUAUAUAAGGGACUGCACAGGAUCAAUUCUGAUAGAUUUUGACUCUCUUUGUCCCUGGGAUUUCUCUUCUUAGGAAGCCCUAAUUGAGUCCUUUCCAGGUUUCCCCCUCAAUUUUGGAACAUCUUUCUUUGUCCUUUCAAGAGCUAGGCAAUUUGACUUCCUCUGGAAGGUUCUACUUUCCGCCAACUCCUUUAUCCAUAUUCCUAUUUCCCUAACCAAAACACAUUUGGUUCCCAAUUCUGCCAUGUCAGUAACUCUUUCAACUUUAGGUCAUCAUUUCUCAUGGCACCCCAAGAACCCAAAUCAGCAUACAUCCAGAGAUGGCUGUCUUUACUACCUAAAACAGCCUCUUCACUCCAUUAAUCACCUGAAUUGAAGCAUCUUUAGGAUGUACAUGUUCAGUGUCUGUAGGUAAGAUCCCCAGCACACAUAAAUCUAAAACUUGUCUUUUAUACCUGAUUGUUUAUCUAUGGUGACCCAGGCUAAGUCAUGCCUGUUUCCUGGAUAAAUUCCCUUCUUUCCUCCCUCCCUCCCUUCCUUGAUUUUUCAGAGAAAGAGAAAUAUCAGUUGUUUCACUUAUAUUGAUUAUGCUAUUACAGUUGUCCCAUUUUCCCCCUUUCCCCCUUCCCCCCUCCACCCAGUAUCCCCAUUCUCUCCAGCAAUCUUCCCUUCCUUAGUUCAGGUCCAUGGGUCAUGCAUAUAAGUUCUUUGGCUACUCCAUUUCCUAUACUGUUCUAUUCUUCUUCCUAUUCUGUACCCUCCAUUUUUUACUUUUUUUAAAAAAGAUUUUAUUUAUCUUUAGAGGGGAAGGGAAGGAGAGAGGGAGAGAAAUAUCAAUGUAUGGUUGCCUUUUGUGUGUCCCUGCUGGGAACUGGCCUGCAACCCAGACAUGUGCCCUGACUGGGAAUCAAACCGCGGUUGUUUGGUUCACAGGCCUGCACUCAAUCCACUGAGCUACACCAGCCAGGGCCCAUUAUUUACUUCUUAAUCCUUGCACCUAGUCCCCAUUCUUUCCCUCCUUCCUCCCAAAUGAUAGCCCUCCAAAUGAUCUCCACAUAUUUUUUUCUGUUUCUGUUCUGCUUGUUUGCUUAGUUUUUUAGACUAAGUUGUUGGUAGUUGUAAAUUUAUUGCCAUUUACUGUUUGAGUUUUUAUCUUUUUUUCUUAUAUAAUUCCCUUUAACAUUUUAUAUAAUAAUGGCUUAGUGAUGAUAAACUUUAGUUUUACCUUGUAUGGGAAGCACUUUAUCUGCCCUUUUAUUCUAAAUUGAUAGCUUUGCUGGAUAGAGUAAUCUAAGUUGUAGGUCCUUGCUUUUCAUCACUUUGAAUACUUCUUGCCAGUCCCUUCUAGCCUGCAAAGCUUCUUUUGAGAAAUCAGCUGACAGUCUUAUGGGAAAUUCUUUGUAGAUAACUAUCUGCUUUUCUCUUGCUGCUUUUAAGAUUCUCUCUUUAUCUUUAACCUUUGGCAUUUUAAUUACUGUGUGUCUUGGUAUGGUCCUCUUUGGCUCCAUCUCAUUUGGAACUCUCUCUGUGCUUCCUGGACUUGCAUGUCUAUUUCCUUCACCAAAUUAGGGAAUUUUUCUUUCAUUAUUUUUUAAAUAGAUUUCCAAUUCCUUGCUUUUUCUCUUCUCCUUCUGGAACUGCUAUGACUCAGAUGUUGGUACAUUUGAAGAUGUCCUGGAGGCUCCUUAGCUUAUCCUUGUUUUUUGAAUUCAUUUUUUUCUUGCUAUUUUGAUUAUUUUAUUUGUUCCUUGUGUUCUAAAUUGUUGACAUUCAGUUUCAUCCCCUCCACUGUUGGUUCCCUGUAGAUUUUUCUUUAUUUCACUUAUGUAACUUUCAUUUCUUCCUGGGUCUUUUUUUUUUUUUCCCUGUUGAAGUACCCAGUCAGUUCCGUGAGCAUCCUGAUAACUAGUGUUUUGAACUCUGCAUCUAAUAGAUUGCUUAUCUUCAUUUUGUUUAGUUUUUUUUUCUGGAGUUUUGUACUUUCAUUUGGGCCAUAUUUCUUUUUCUCUUCAUUUUAGCAGCUUCUCUGUAUUUGUUUCUGUGUAUUAGGCAGAGCUGCUUUGACUCCCUGUCUUAGUAGUGUGGCCUAUGGCAGAAAAGUGCACCUGCCUGGAUGAACAUGGCUUCUUUGAAUCCUUGGUUGUCAGACUUCCGCACAGCUUGAUUUUCUGAUGUUUCUGGCUGAUAUUUGUUUUGUAGUCUAGUUGUAAUUUUUGCUGUAGUUGUGCAAGGAGGCAAGAUAUUUUUUAAAGAUUUUAUUUAUUUUUAAAGAGUUGGAAAGGGAGGGAGAAAGAGAGGGAGAGAAACAUCAAUGUGUGGUUGCCUCUCACCUGGCCCCCCACUGUGGAGGCCUGGCCCACAACCCAGGCAUGUGCCCUGACUGGAAAUCAAACUGGUGACCCUUUGGUAUGCAGCCCAUGCUCAAUCCACUGAGCUACACCAGCCAAGGCUGAAAGUCUUAUCCUCAUUCAGCAGUGCCAUUCUUCCAAGCAGGUCCUUUUGUUCCAUUUAUUUAUGCAUUCAUUUGUUGCUUCUUGCAUUGUAUAUGCCCUGAUCAGAUAUCGAACUUGCAAUCUAGGCAUAUCAAGACAAUGCUUUAACCAACUGAGUUACCUGACCAGGGCCUGGAUAAAUUCUUUAAGCCCAUUUUGAUUCUUACUACCUAUUCCUCCUGUCUUAUAACCUCUCAGUCUAAAGACAUUUGGCACUCUCUCAACCUAAAGUAGAUCAGGCCCUUCUUUGAAAUUGAUUCUAGGUUUUUCUCUUUCUGUACCUUUACUGAUAGUUAUGGCUUGUAAUGUGGUAUAGAUGCAUUUAUUUUUCUAGUUUGAGGACAAGAAUGAACAAUUCUAUUGGGUUACAUAUAAGGGUAAGUGUGAGGCUGGGUAAUGACCUAGAAGAUAAAGUUGCCCACUGUACUUUGUAAGAGCUUCUCCCUAAGGAAAGCUUACCCAGGGGAGGUUUAUCUGCAUUUCAAAGUGUAAGGGCUUUUUUUUUUGUACACUUCUGGCAUAUUUUUUUCUGAAGGAAUCUAUACAGUAUAGAACAAACUAGAAUUCCACAGUCCUGACUCAGCCUGAAGACUUGUUUUGUUUGGCCUAUGUUUUUGUUUGUCCUAACUUUUAAUUGAAGUAUAAAUGCAGACAGGAAAGUCACAAAUCACUGUACAAUUUGAUACACUUAAUAAACUGAACACACCCAUAAAAUCAGCUUCUAGAUCAAGAAAAAAAGAUGUUACCACUACCUCAUCCAGCCAGAGUAAAGACUAUCUAGCUCUAACACCGUGGCUUAGUUUUACCUGGUUUUUGAACCCUUUGUGACUGCCUUUUUUCACUCAACAUUAUAUUGUGAGAUUCACCUAUAAUGUGAAAUUGUAGUUGGUUCCUUCUUAUUGCUCUGUAGAAACUGUUACUGUGCCACAGCUGAUCCAUUUUGUUUUCUUAUUGAUUUUAGAGAGAGGGAGGAAGAGAGAGAGAACAUUGAUUUGUUCCACCAAUUGAUGCAUUCAUUGAUUGACUCUUCUGUGUACCAAGGAUUCAACCCCAAACCUCGAUGCAUCCAGAUGAUGCUCUAACCAAUUGAACUACCCAGCCAGUGACAGCUGGUCUAUUCUAAUGAUGGGCACCUGGGUAGUUUCCAACUUGGGGCUACUGUAAAACAUUAUUGCACGUGUCUUUUUUUUAAAUCCUCACCUGAGGAUAUGUUUAUUGUAAGAGAGAGAGGAAGAGAAACAUCAAUGUGAGAGAGAAACAUCGAUCUGUUGCCUUGUACCCUGUUGGAGGGUUAAAUCCAAACCUAAGUAUGUGCCCUGACUGGGAGUCAAACCCACAACCCUUUGGUGUAUGAGAUGAUGCUCCAACCAACUGAGCCAUCUGGCCAGGGCUCUUGCACGUCCUUUGAUGAACAUAUAUAUGUAUUUAUGCCUAUGUAGUCUUUCAAAAUUAGGACAAUUUGCAUGAAAAAUACAAGAUACAAUUUAAACACAUACACACAGACCCUGGCCAGGUGGCUCAGUUGGUUAGAGGGUCAUCCUGAUACGCUAAGGUUGUAGGUUUGAUCCCCAGUCAGGACACAUACAAGAAUCAACCAAUGAAUGCAUAAAUAAUGAAACAACAAAUUGAUGUUUCUCUCUCUCCUCCUCCUCCUCUUCUUUCUAAAAUCAACAAAUAAAAAUUAAAGCCCUGGCAAGGUGGCUUGGUUGGAGUGUUGUGCCGUAUACCAAACCCGGUUUUGGGUUUGAUCCUCAGUCAGGACAGGAAUGGGAGGCAACUGAUUGAUAUUUCUCUCUCACAUCUAUCUCUCUCACAUUUACGUUCUUCUCUAUCUCCCUUUCUUUCUUUCUUUCUCUUCCUCCCUUCCUCUCUUUCUAAAAAUCAAUAAACGUAUCCUUGGGUGAGGAUUUAAAAAACAAAAAGAAAGAGAAGGAAAAAAAGGCAAGAUCUGAUAACAUUUCCUUAUACCAACACUUGACUGGAAUCAGGGCCUAUCUUAGGUGGGGGCAGGUAUAGCUCCUUUACAGCUGUUCCUCUGUGUUAUGUAUUACAAACCUAGGCCUACUUAUUUUAGUAGCUUUAAAAAAAAAUUCAGUAAUCUCUUAGGACACUCUUUUCAUAAAUAACUGCAAAGCUUAUUUCCUCACACAUUACCUUGUCAGAAAGGACUUUCCUUACCACUCACACUAUAAAAAAUGACAAUUUCCCCCUGAACUAUGCUUCCUAUUCUCCUUUACCCUGCUUUAUUUUUCUCCAUUUUACUUACCACCUGGCAUAAACUUAUUUUUUCUCCUCCAAGUAGAAUGGAAGUUCCCUGAGAACAGGGACCUUCCUUAUUUCUUAGUCACUGCUGUUUCUUCAGUCCCUGGAACAGUGCCUGGCAUGUAGUAGAACUUGAUAGAUACUUGAUGCAAUAGUAAUAAUAACAGCAACCAAUACUUACUGAAGGGAAACUAUGUACCAAGCAAGCAUUGUUCUAAGCACUUUAAUAAUAAUUAAAGUGCAUAUAUUAAUCCAUUUGAUUCUUUCAGCAAUUCCAUGUGAUGGGUAGCAUUAUUCAUUUUACAGUGAGGAAAUGAAUAUAUUUAUCUUCUACUCAAAAUAAUAGAUACAUUUGAAGUACAGUGUACCCAUCAAAUUAAUUAGUCUUUAAAUAUACUAGAGAAGCUUAUUACCUAAAAGGAACUCUUCAACAAAUCAUUUUUUAAUGAUGAUGUUUUAUUUGAUAACAUGUUUAGUUGCUCCUUAAGUUGUUUUCCUUAUAUUCAACUUCCAGCAUAUUAAAUUUUUUAGUUUUAGGACUGGGCUUAGAUCAUGAUACAAUUAGUUGGAAUUUCAGAGAUCUGGGGCAGUGGAAGCUGAUCAGAUUUUGCUAUCUGAUGGGCAAGAAGUCCUGUUCACCAUCUCCCAGGAGUACUGGAGAGGGAGUCCUUGCGCUUGGGAAAGUCCACUUACCUGAUGAAGGAUUUUAGAACCUAGAUCAUCUGUCCACCUGUCACACAAAGUACUGAUUUAUCACUUUGUUAAUGGCCCUGUUUGAGAUAAUGCUGAUGUCAGUGUCCCUAGUUAGAAUUCUAUUUUUUUUCUGUUUUUACUUUUAUUAGUAUUUAUUUUAUGCUCAUUAAUUUAUGUAUGCAAAAUUUAUUUUAAGUUUUUUCUCUAGUUUCUUCUGGGAUAUCUUUUUCUUCUGUGCAACCUCCUCUUUUGGUUUAGGAACAAUCUAUUCUUUUGUAGUAAGGAUCAUCUCAGCAGGGCAGGGAGAGCUCAUGCGUGCGUUAAUCCACUCAUGAGCUAUGCAACUUCUGUGCUGCAUCUUGGGAGCUUUGUGCACCUGGAUGUGCUCAAUGACCAAAGAAUUUACAUCUAAACCCUUAAGUUCGGCAUUACU